AUGUCACAUUCUUCUGGAUUUCUAAGUGAACGUCACAGUCCAUUAAGCUCGAGUGAGCCAGUUUCUGGGUCCACGAGUCCUCUUGUUAUCAAACCUGCUACAAUUAUUGCUCACAAGCCACGGUCAUUAUCAAUGAAUUCGAACUGCUCUGCACAUUCUAAUCAUAACAGGAGCUUAUCAAUUAUAAGUCUUGAGUCUCCACGGAAUUCGAUAGUGUCGUUUGAUGACGGGUUUACACGGCCACCUCGAAAUGAUAGCAAUGCGAGUCUCAGCUCAAUGGUGGGAAAUAAUGGAGGCAUGACGCCUCCAUUGGGUGGGUCGAAGGAGACACUUCGCCUAAAUCACAAAAUUGUACCCAAGGCUAGCAGUACUGCCAUAACUUCGGACGAGGAUUCGGAGGUGGAGCAGAAGUCGACUUUUAACUGCCAGUGUAAUAAAAAGGGUAGAUAUUAUUCAGAACCAGCCCCCAAUUCGUACCUCAAGAAGGAUUUUGAGUUUCAAUAUGGUAUUAACGUUAAUAAGAACGGGAAGCACAAUAACUAUAGCAACAUCCAUCUUAAUCCAUACCCCAACCAUAGACACAUCGAUAUCAAACCAGCCACAGACGGUAAAUCAGAUAUUCCUCCGCCUCCACUAAUGUUGGAUACUUCAGAUCAAAACACGGAAAUUAAAGAUUUGACGGAUAAGACUGAUAGGACAGACAAAGUCAUUGCAAAGAAGAUAAAGCCUGUAAAUAAAACUAAUCGCACUCAUCAAUCGAUGUAUUUGAAGAAAAAACUGAUAUAUUCCAAGGACCUACAGUUGGAAUUAAUGAAUUCGAAUACUAGUAUGGGCAAGCAUUUGGAUACAAGGUUUAUUGAAUCUGCCCCAUCGAGUCUGAGGAGCGCUAAUCCAAAUUUCAAGGCGCAAAUAAAAGACUUUGAAAACGAACCUAUUAUGACCACAUUAGAGCACCAGAAUAAGCUAAUCACUAAGCUUAACGAGAAAUGGAAUAAAUCACUUAUCACGCCGAAUCAUACAUCGGGAGCCAACGACAAGAUGAUUUCUGAUGAAACUAAUCACAUCGUUGGUUCCAGAAAAAGAUCACGACAAUACCUGUUUGAAGGCGAUGACGAUACUUAUGACGAUUAUGAUAAUUAA